AUGGCGCCUAGUAUAGCCCAAGUAAUCAAUGUCCGCACACCAGCUGCGCGGCGCCAGCUAGCAAAGACGACGGUCGAUCUAGUCCGCAACUUGCUCUUCCUGUUGUUCAUCGUACGAUACUCGCGGGUCGCCUUUACCCAUCUUUACGGCUAUGGACCCGUCGCCAGCGCAAAGAUGGGCUACGCCGCCGUCCGCAAGUCUCUCUAUCGCACUUUCCUCAGGCUGCCCGGUGUACGAGGCAAAGUCCAAGCCGAGAUAAAACAAACCCUAGAAGAACUCGAAAAGAAACUCGUGCCUUCUGGUCCUGGCAUCACAAGAUACACCGCACUGCCUGCAGCUGGCUGGGGCCCUGAGCAGGUGCGUGCCGAAUUGGAGAAACUGCACGACAUGGAACACACUCGCUGGGAAGAUGGCAGAGUGUCUGGCGCUGUAUACCACGGCGGCAAGGAACUUCAAGAUCUGCAGAUGGAAGCUUUUGGCAAAUUCGGCGUUGCCAACCCUAUUCACCCUGACGUCUUCCCUGGAGUAAGAAAGAUGGAGGCCGAGGUGGUGGCAAUGGUAUUGGCCAUGUUCAACGCACCCACCGAUGCCGCAGGCGUCACAACCAGCGGAGGUACUGAAUCCAUCAUCAUGGCUGUCCUCAGUGCCAGAGAAAAGGGCCGCAUCGAGCGUGGUGUCACCAAGCCAGAGAUCAUUCUGCCCGAGACCGCACACACCGCUUUCCGCAAGGCAGCCGCCUACUUCAACAUCACCGUCCACUACGUACCUUGCCCAGCACCUUCCUACAAGGCUUCUCUAUCCCACAUCUCUCGCUUGCUCAACAGCAACACCGUCCUCCUCGUUGGCUCGGCACCAAACUUCCCUCAUGGCAUCAUCGACGAUAUACCCGGUCUCUCGCGCCUCGCUGUUCGCAGAAACAUCCCUCUCCACGUCGACUGCUGCCUGGGUAGCUUCUUGGUUCCUUUCCUCGAGCGCGCGGGCUACGACACCGAGCCCUUUGAUUUCCGCAUCCCAGGUGUAACUUCCAUCUCGUGCGACACCCACAAAUACGGCUUCGCACCCAAGGGCAACAGCACAUUACUCUACCGCAGUGCAUCGCUACGCAAGUACCAAUACUUCAUCUCACCCGACUGGAGUGGAGGUGUAUACGCCUCGCCCUCCAUGGCUGGCAGUAGACCUGGCGCCUUGAUCGCGGGCUGUUGGGCGAGUAUGAUGAGUGUAGGCGAACAAGGCUACAUUUCUUCCUGCCACUCCAUCGUCGGCGCUGCAAAGAAGCUUGCAGAAGGUAUGCGCAGCCGCGACUCUUUGCGCACCCACCUCUACAUCCUCGGUAAACCUUUGGUCUCGGUGGUAGCUUUCUCCUCCAAGACCCUCGACAUCUACAACAUUGCCGAUGCCAUGAGUGGCAAAGGCUGGCACCUCAACGCCUUGCAAUCACCUGGUGCUAUCCAUGUCGCUGUCACGCUUCCCAUUGUGCCAGUCAUCGAAGAUCUACUUGACGACCUCGAAACUUGUGUUGCCGAUGAGUUGGAGAAACAGAGACAAGACGCUGUAGCAGGAAAAAGCACAGCCAAGAAGGGCGAUGCAGCUGCCCUCUACGGUGUCGCCGGUGCACUGCCAGACAAGACCAUCGUGGAGGACUUGGCUGCUGGGUUCUUGGAUUGUUUGUACAAGGCUUGA